AUGGAAAUGGAAGAUGGGCAGGGAAACUUUGAUAGGAGGGAGGAGGAGGAGGAGGAGGAGAAAGAGGAGGAGCUCCCUUCUUAUGCUACGGGAGGAGCAGAAAGUAUCGAGGAAGGUGGAAGCGGAGGAGAAGAAUUCAGACGUCGUCGGGUAUACUAUCAGGGCGAGGAGCAGGAGAUGAGCGAGGCAGAGGACUACACGAGCGAGAUAGGAGAUGUCAGUUCGAUGACAAGCACAGCAUGGGACGACAUUUCUACGAUCUUGGACGAGGAGGACGAUCAGAUUGCAGCAGAGAUGAGCUUCUUGAUGCAGGAGAUCGAACAGCUGAAGCUGGAAAUGGCAAGCAAGCAAGGCAAGAGCAGCAAGGAGUUGAUAUCGCAAAUCGCCUCGUUGCAAUCGAAGAUCGCGGACCUGAAGCUCCUGGACUUCUCUGACUCUGACGCUUCUAGGGAGGAGGGGAAGUGCAAUGGCGGACAGGAGGGCUGGGAGGUCAAAGAAAGACAAAACGAUCAGCACAUGCUCCAGGAUGAGGGAAGAGAGAGAGGAGGUGAGGAGGAGCGCGAGAGGAAACGAAAGGAUAGCGAGGAGACCGUGGGAGAUCAAGACAAGGAUGAGACGGUUCUUUCUGAUGCUGAGGUGGAAGAGGGGGAAAGCCAGCAGAGAGAUUCGACAGAAUGGAAGGAUGUAUUGAGGAGUAAGAGGACAGAGGAGAUGGCUGAGGGGAAGAAGGAGCGUACGGAGGAAGAUGAGGAGGAGCAGGACGAGGAGGAGCAAACUUUACAGCGCGACAACUUGGAUGUUUCGGAGAGAGGAGGAGAAGGAUCUCUGUCAGAGACUGCUGCUGUCAUGGCACAUGCGGACAACCAGAGCAUUGAAGGAGAUGACGUGAGAAGGAGAGACGAGGGCGAGAAGGAGGAGGAGAAGCAGAAGAUGAACAAGUUCGACAUCCUCAAGUCAGUCCUCCUUCACUUGACCCUCUCUCCCCGACCUUCUCCCUAA